AUGGUGGCACAGGUGGCGCUUACCAUGGACUCUAUCACGCAAAAUAUCGACACGAAGCGCGAGGGGCUAAGGAACGCACUGCCUGAAAUGGGAAGUACCUUAAAUGAGGCCAGGCUUGCCAAGCGCAGAUCUUCUAAGAGCCGUCAAACUACCCGUAUGGACGAUUGUAGAAGCGUGUCGCCGCAAGAUGCGCAGCAGCCAUAUGUUUGGAUGACCACGAUGAAGGAAUCUGGCAAGCGUGCGAAACAGGAGGCGCCCAAAUUUCUUCUUUUGCUAUACGAAAUUUUAAAUGUGGAGAGCUCUCGAGUGAUCCGGUGGUCGGAGGACGGAUUAGCGCUCCAGAUUUUAGACCCUGUGACCGUCACGGAGCAGGUUCUCCCCAAGUACUUUAAUCACACGAACUUCCACAGUUUUCAGCGCCAGCUAAAUUAUUUCGGCUUUCGCAAAUGGACAAAAUCGAAAACUGAUAUUUGUACCUUCAGCCACCCCUUCUUUCGAGAAAAUCAACCAGAGCUAUUGCAGCUAAUCAAGCGCAAAAAAAACCCGCGACGAACUCCCGGUAAUGGAGCAAGUUACUCAUCUUUUAGUGCCGCAACGGCGGUAGGUUUAACGUCUAGGAAAGUGUCUCCUUGCGCUAAGCGAAAAUUUUCAUCGGUUGAAGAUGAAAGCUCGGAUGGAUUUCCUGCACCAGCUACAAUCCAAGUGAACACGUUGACGGUUCCUGUCCAGCAUGCUAUUAACAAAAUACCACUCAACCCAAUGACCACACCUCAUGGCUCUUCUUCUAACGGAGCAUUAUGCUUCACGCACGACAGCCUGGCGCGUCAGCACUUGCCGGAUCUUAAUAAUGUCAUUUCGCCCGUUGCGGCGACGGAGUGUAAGAAGAAAGCCAAGAAGCUAGAAAAGAAGGACUACGAAUCAAGCGCGACAAUUCACGCUCCACUGACUUUGUUAGGUGAUGCACCUAGUUCCUUAGUGCACACCCUAAGUACAGGAAGUCUACCGUCUCCAUCGAUGUCACUUGACAAGAGCAACCCUACUGUAUCCGACAAAGAUCACGCGGCUGUACCUCCGUCAACUGCUAUCGUAUCGCUACCUACACUUAAUAUUGUUCGCAGCCGCCUCAUUCAGCGACAAAACGGUGGUCCCGAACAACAGCAACAGGGAUUCCUGCAACAUCAGCAAUACGACUUAAAUGUGUAUCCAGAGAAUACAUCACCCAAUGAGCCCCAGAGUGUCUUUAUUCCGUCAAAAGAACGCCGACCUGAUCUCUUGACAACGUCAUUAGGCUUGACACCAGUGACUCAAGCAGACAUGACGGCAGGCCAAAGUACUGUCUUUUCGAGCUCAUUCAGCGAUCCGGUAAACAUUCUUCUUCGCAUUAAACAGUCGCGGACACCGACGAGAGAGGGAAAAGACACUGUAGCGCAUCAAGAGCAAGGAGACUAUCGAAAUGAAAGUUUAGCUUCGCUGCACAACUAUUUGCUUGGAAAUAGUCUUUACACAAAUCGCUUACAAGCACAACUGAAAUAUACCGCAGAUGAGAAUGAGUCGCUGAAACAGCUGCUCAACUCGAAACAACGCGAGAUGAACGCUUUGCAAGGCGAAUGCAAGGCACUUCAGCGGGAAAACUCGGUGCUGCUUGAGGAAAAGAAUAAGCUUUUCGACAUCAAUCGUGACCUUCUGAGCAAGUUGUUUCCAUUGUGA